AAAAAAAAAACCGUAAUGCCGUCAUGUUAAUUCCUACGUUAAAAAAAUUGCAGGUUUACCCGAAAAGGUCGCUCUUCUUCUUCUAGGGAUGUCCAAUUUUGCCGCUCCUCCUCUAAAUUCUAUUAUUCUAUUAUUAAGUCAUUCAUGAUCACAUACUUGAUUAGGGUUAUACGUACAUCUCUCUGAAACAAGGGAUAAUUGAGAUUGCAUCAAUCUGGUUUGCUAGCUGCAGAAGAAGAAGAAGAAGAAUGGGACGUGCAAAGCUAGCUAUAAAGAAGUUGGAUCAUUCUGCAAACCGUCUAGCGACUUAUUCGAAAAGGAAAAAUGGAUUGAUAAAGAAGGCGCAGGAGUUAUCAAUUCUCUGUGACAUUGAUCUCGUCCUCAUCAUGUUUUCUCCAACCGGCAAACCUGUUACUUGUCAAGGAAAUAACAGUAACAUUGAAGCCAUUCUCGAAAGAUUUAGCUCACUAAGCCCCCAAGAAAGAUCAAAGAGGAAACUAGAGAGCCUCCUAGCCUUAAAGAGGCGCUUUACAAAGUCGGGUCAUGAUGUCAAUGUUCAAGAUUUAACAAGCAACUGCAGUAAUCAAACAACAAAUCGUGGUAUGGCUACUUACGCUAAUCUGUUGCGCACACAACUUUCCGACGUCAACAAGAGACUUGAUGAAUGGAGCAACCCAGAAAAGAUUGAUAAUCUCGAGUUUCUGGAGCUAAUGGAACAGUAUAUCAACAACUCACUCCUUCAAGUUCAAAUUCAAAAGGAUCAUCUCAGAGAACAAAAUUCUUCUUCUCAAUCCCAUUCCCAUCUAGAGUGUUGCAGUUACGAGCAGCAGUUAUUUAAGGUCCCUAAUAUGAACCAACCAUCCAUGGGCAGUUUCGCGACAUCAUCAUCGGAGGACUCCAACUCGCAUCCUAAGAGUGAAGUAUGGCCUAAUCCAAAUGAUCCUUAUGCAAAUCUGGACUAUGGUGUCUUCAAAGAGUCUAUCAAAACAGAGUCAAUGAGAAACGAAUCCAUCUCCUACCCUCAUUUCACCACCACCACCACCAUGGAUAAUACCGAGAUGAUAUUCCCUACAGAGUCUGUAAUGCAAAAUCCAUACAAAGAAGACGAUUUGAAUCUGACUAACAGCCUGGAAAUUCCUCUGAGGGAUCAACAACCGAUCACGAGCAUUGAUGAAUUUGUUCUGCAACCGCAUCUGGGAUCAUGUGAUCAUAACUGGGAUUCAUCUACUACAACUGGAUAUUCUUCAAAUUAUCAUCCUACCACCACCACCUUCAACUGCUACAAUCAAUUUUAUUCUCUGGACGAAUACUACUCUUGGCCUAACCUUGAUGGAAAUGAUUAUGGUACCCAAACCGGAGGAAAGUCAUAGAUGUUUGUUCUUAGCUUCAUUGUUUGAUAGAAUCCCAAGAUGAUUCUGGAACCCUAAACCUAGAUUGCCCAUCAAUUAGCCGAAGAAUCAACAUGCAUGUGUAAAUAUAUAUAUAUAUAUAUAGUUUCAUUCUUGUUCUGUCUUUUAAUUUUACUACUAUAAGCUCUACUUUUACCAUAUCAUGUUAUCAAUCUCAUGCAGCCUAUAUAUAAAAUUGAAUAGUAAGCUGUAAAUACAUAAAUUUCUU